UUUGAUAACUUUGCCUAAACAAGAUGGAGAACGGCAGUGGUUCAGUUGCCUCUCAGAAUGCUGGAGAAAUUUCGAGUGGAAAUGUACAACAGCACUUCUCUGUGCCAUCUACAGGCACGCAGGCAGUUAGUAUAAUUGCCCAGGAUCCAUCAAAAGGUGUUUAUAUUGUCGACCCCACUCAACAACACGCGGCAUUGCAGAUGUUUGGAGCGGAUCAACAAAGGCUGAUUGCUGCCGCGGCCUCAUCGAAUCAAGUAGAACUAGCUAAUGCUACUGCAGUUCCAACAACACAGGCCAUUAUGAUGAAUGGUCAACAGGUGUUAGCACAAAGAUUGCCAGUGGCAAUGGAAACUUUUGAUGAGCCUCUCUAUGUAAAUGCGAAGCAAUAUCACAGAAUAAUCAAAAGAAGGCAAGCUAGGGCGAAACUUGAGGCUGAAGGAAAAAUACCGAAGCAGCGAAAGAAAUAUCUACACGAAUCGCAUCAGCAUGCCUGUAGACGUGUGCGUAGUAAUGGUGGCCGAUUUAUUGGAAAACCAGGAGAUCCUUUAUUUGAGGAUGAACAGGAUUUAAUGCAUCAGCACCAUGAAGACAACAGAGAUAUCUUAUCAAACUCAGAUAUCAAAGAUAAAGUCAGCCAGAAUGUUACAUAAAACUUGAUUAGUUAGACAAGUCAAGUUUCUGCUUUCUAGAAUAAGAGAAAAGUUCUUUGAAAGCAAGACCAAAAAACAUCUGAUCUGCAGUAAUAUUGAGUUUUUGUAAAUAUGAAAUGACAAUAUUUGUUUAUACUCUGUUCAGCCAGAAUCAUUGAUAGAACAUUAUCAAAGUUAUUGGAGUAUGUAAUUUUACUUUGAACUUAAGGGCUCAUAUCUAGCAGUUAGGAUGUCAAUAUUUGCUGUUACUUGACAAGUAUAUGUAAAAGAUUCAACAUUCUUUUUAGAAUUUCCAGUUCAGUACAAAUGAGUGUAAUGUGGUUUAUUACUUCACAAACUGUUCAUCACUGUUGGUUUUUACAGUAUAACCUAAGUUUCUUUUAUUUUAUCAUCUCUAAUCGCUUCAAUCACAAAGAGCCUGCUUAUUGACUAAGGGUAAAUUUGUUUCACGUAUAUGGCAUGUAUAUGUAUAUGGGUUUGCUUACAGGCAAUUUGUGAUGAUUGACUGCAGCAUAACUGAAAACUUUCAGUGAUAUUGUAUUUUUCCCUUUGAACCUAAUUAAAUACUUGGGAUGCUUUUUAUCUGGUGAAUUCAGAUUGUAAAGAUGAGUGAACUCUUUUGCCUUUCUUUGGAAGCUGAAAAUUCUGAAUGUUCUGCAGUUUAAUGGGACUACAGUUUAUUUUAUUAACAAAAAAAAUCCUUGUAAUUCAAAAUACCUGAUGGUAGUAAUUCCAUUUUUGAACAAGUUCAAGCUUGAGCAAGGAAGAAUCAAACACACAUAAAUUCUCGUAUCUGUUUUUCUUUUGUCCUGAUAAUAACUGACAGUUUCCUGCCAAGCUUUAGAUAUUAAAGUCUUAUUUCAUCAAUAAUAAUUGAUCAUAAGAGACAAGAUAUUUACACUUUUAAAUUUGCCAAAUGUGAAAUAAUUGGAAAAUGGUGAUUGAGACACAAUCUGAGUUUUCUAGUAAUUGCUGCCCAAUGACAGAAUCAUAUUUUAGGUGGUUGUUUUUAAUCUGAAGGACAGAGAAGACUGUUUUCUUAAGGAGAGAGUUUUGUUUCAAAUGUGAAGCUGAUGCUGUUUCUUAUGAGAAUCGAAAUUUCAUUUUGGAGAAAAGUACCCUCAUUGGUGGGGCUAUGCCUCACACUGAACAGCAUGGUUUGUUGAAAAUAAACAACAAAUAAUAGAUUCCUUGCCAUUCACAGUUUACCUUUUAGCUUGACUAUACACUUAGAACUAUUGCUAAAAUGUUCAAAUGAAGUUUUAAAUUUACUUUUCGACGUCAUAUAAUAUCAUUCAAUAUCCCAAGAUUGAGCAAAAUUAAAGAAUAUCUUCUAAAUUUUCUGCAGAAGCCUAACAAGAUUUAUGACUUAACCUAAUGCAACAACUCCUUUUAAGGCAAUUUUGCCCCUUUAAAGAGUCUUCCUGAAAACUGGCUAAUUAAUAGAGACAGGCAACAGUAAAAAUCAAACAAAUAUAGAACAUUACUUCCUCUUGAUACAAAUAAUAUCAAAACAAAUUCAAAUAGCUAUGGGUAUUCACUGCAGCCAACGAUAUCUUAUAACAUAAUAAGUUUUUAAGGCUAAAAACCUAUGCAAAUCGAAUACGGGACCACACCAGUUGAAGUAUUCACCAGCCACUUAUCAUUCGGUUUAGUUUUCUAAGCUUACUUCCUUUCACAAUAACUGGCUUUCUCAAACGUCUUUUCUGAUUAUGAGACUUUUUCCUCAUGUUGUGGUUCUUGCCUGCCCUCCAUCUUUUCAAGGCUCCUGAACCCAUCCUUUUGAAACGUUUUGUUACAGAUUUCACAGUCUUCUUUUUAUUUUUCUUACUAAAGAAAUUUACGUUUCUAGUAAACAUAAUUGGCUUAGCCAAGUUGUUUACUUGAUGUCUUUGAUAAACAUUUGUAAGCACUAAAUUUGUCUUGCAAUUGAUACUAUUUUGUGU